AUGGAAUCAGACAAUACUCCUAACAGUCAAUCCCAAUCCUACGUUAGCCUUCUUAACUUCCCAUAUGACAGCUUUGCUCCCAAUGUAAACAUUGGUUCCUCUCAAAUCCCUGCUUUUAGUUCACAAACUAGUUCACAGCCGAGUCAACCUCCUAGUCAAUCAGAAGAGACAGCAGAACAGCAUAGGGAGAGAAGGAUAUGGUCCACACAAGAUGACUUAGUCCUAAUAAGCGGCUGGUUAAACACAUCGAAGGAUCCAAUAGUUGGGAAUGGCCAAAAGGCAGGGUCCUUUUGGAUCCGUAUAGGAGACUAUUAUGCAUCAAGUAGUCAUGUACUUGGUGUUGCUGAGCCAAGGCGCCCUGACCAUUGUAGACAAAGAUGGCAAAAAAUCAGUAAGGAAGUGAGCAAGUUCUGUGGAGCUUUUGCAGAGGCAGAGAGUGAGAAAGCUAGUGGGAUGAACGAUUUAGAUAUUCUGCAGAAUGCUCACCAAAUCUACACUAACUUGUACAAGAAGAAGUUCCAUAUGGAGUAUGCCUGGAAUGUGCUACGCUAUAAACAGAAAUGGGUAAACCUGGAGGCUAUGAACCUCACUCCAAAGACAACCAGCUCUAACAAAAGAAAAGUUGAUGAAGUUGUACCAUCUACAGGUUCUGUCGUUGGUGAGCACGAGAGCAGGCCUCCGGAGAUAAAAGCAAUGAAAAAAUUAAGAAACAAAGGUAAAGAGAAGGCUGCACCAUCUGCGGAGUUUAGUCACAUGUGCGAGAUAAGACAGAAGGAUUUGGAGGGCAUGAAAGAACUCCAAAAGAUGUCCAUUCUUGACACUCUCAUUGCCAAGAAAGAAACUCUAGACGAAGAUGAAAAAGCUCUAAAGAAGAAGCUAAUGGCUGAACUACAAAGAUGGCAAAAAAUCAGUAAGGAAGUGAGCAAGUUCUGUGGAGCUUUUGCAGAGGCAGAGAGUGAGAAAGCUAGUGGGAUGAACGAUUUAGAUAUUCUGCAGAAUGCUCACCAAAUCUACACUAACUUGUACAAGAAGAAGUUCCAUAUGGAGUAUGCCUGGAAUGUGCUACGCUAUAAACAGAAAUGGGUAAACCUGGAGGCUAUGAACCUCACUCCAAAGACAACCAGCUCUAACAAAAGAAAAGUUGAUGAAGUUGUACCAUCUACAGGUUCUGUCGUUGGUGAGCACGAGAGCAGGCCUCCGGAGAUAAAAGCAAUGAAAAAAUUAAGAAACAAAGGUAAAGAGAAGGCUGCACCAUCUGCGGAGUUUAGUCACAUGUGCGAGAUAAGACAGAAGGAUUUGGAGGGCAUGAAAGAACUCCAAAAGAUGUCCAUUCUUGACACUCUCAUUGCCAAGAAAGAAACUCUAGACGAAGAUGAAAAAGCUCUAAAGAAGAAGCUAAUGGCUGAACUGUUUUAA